AUGACAGAAAAGGGAUUAGACUAUCGAAAACAGUUGCUAGAAAGAGAUUGCGAUUUGGCGUUGAAAAUAUGGAAAGAUCAGGUCCAGACAGCAAGGUCACUGGUUUCACCUAAGCGAGUCAUAAACUAAACGACCUCCAACAUCCCGAACAAAGGUCUAAGGACAUGGAAGAUCAUGGAAUAUGGCUACACGAAAACAUGGAAGUUGCCAGAACUCUGAAUAUCCAAAUAUGCGAGUUACAAUCUGAAGUGAGCAAUAGAGUCUCCCUUUAUUUAAAGCGCUCUUGUCGAAGUAGGUUGUCCAGUAAAUCUAAACACCCACACCAGCUUUUCUAUUCCAAUAAGAACAGAAAUGAUGGCGAAGGCUGCCAGACCCGUCGCAGAACUUAGAUUCCAUGAUAUCAAAAGAGAGAAGGUAGCUGCUUAAAAGCAAGAUGACAUCAAGAAACUACAAAUAAUGAGGGAACCAGCAGCCACUAAUGCCGAAAUUGAAGCAUUAACUAGCAUCAAAGAGGAGGAAUUUGGUAUUACUUAAAUUAAAACGGACACUCUUGGACGUCCACAAGAUGACACCCAUAGCCGUAUUGGGGAAUACCUAAAGUCACAAUUGCAAUCCAUUACUAAUGAAUCCUCUCCCAAACCUGCUGCUAAAACAGAAAAUCCCAUCAACCCUUCAAGUUUUAAGCUCCACUCUGAAACAAAGGUCAUAUCCACAACAAAGUCGGAAGUGGUUGCCAGCUCGUAUCAAUCUCCCGGGGUGGCUUCUGGAUUCCAAAACGUCCCCUCCACUUCAAUCUCAAGAUUGCAUGCGGAAACAAAUGUUACAUAAUAUGUCUACAUGUGUCGUUGAAGUGAUUUCAGGUGCCAAGGAGAAGGGAAAGUCAAAGUAUGAGAAAAAUGUAGAAGAGCGACUUAACAAGCAAUCCAAACCCAUAGCAGAUACUUUGCAACGAUGCAACUUACCUUUGUUUGGCACACCUGAGAAACGACAGUCAAGUAAGACAAGUAAUCAAGUUGCCAAUCUUAAUAGUGACUGCCGACUCUUUUCCAGACUGCACAUUGCCUGUCAAGCAAGAGAAGGAAACCUCGAGGAACUUUUCAAGCACGAAAACAGUUCAAGUGUGCUUGCCCUUUCACGUAAUGAGAAGAAGAGUACAGGACAGAAAUCGGACCUUAUCACAUGCAUUGAAGUCAACACAGCGUUUGAGCGUCCUUCGGUUGAUGCAGUUGUUCUAGAUGGUGCUGCUAUUGUUAACAUGUUUCCACCUGGUAAGUGCAAGACCUUUAAGGAGUACGCAGAAACAGUUUUUCUCCCGUACAUCAUCAGCUAUUGCACUCAGAAUGUAAAGAGAAAUGAUUUAGUAUGGGAUCGUUACUUGGAAAACAGCCUCAAACAAGGUACUCGUGAGGCCAGAGGUACAGGAACCUGCAGACAUGUGUGUGAUGAUGCCGCAAUUCCUUUAAACUCGAAGUCAUUUCUGAGACUGGAUGACAACGAGAAGAAACUCUUCGAGUAUCUUGCAGCAAGGGUUCAAUCCCUCAGACUUCCUGAUUCAGAGGUUAUCUGUACGGCUGCUUGGACGUAA